CCAAAACCAAGUGCAAUCUCUCGAGAAUCUGCGCAAUGGCACACCCUAAGUUUUUGUCCCCAAUCUCAUGCAUGCUUCUUGUUUCUCUCUUCUUCCAAUCGGUCUUAGCCCACUCCGAUGACCAAAAGCAAAACCCUUUUGAGUUCAUCAAGCAUUUACAAGGAUGUCACAAAGGUGAAAAGGUCAAGGGUCUCCAGGAGCUCAAGCAAUACCUCGAAAAAUUCGGGUACUUGGACUACAACCAAUCCAGCCUCCCGGUCCACGCUGGCGACGACGACUUUGAUGAGCUUUUAGAGUCCGCCGUCAAGAUGUACCAACUCAACCACCACCUGAAGGUCACGGGAACCUUAGAUUCCCAGACGGUGUCGACGAUGAUGAUGCCUCGGUGUGGCAUGGCAGACAUCGUCAAUGGUACCUCUCGGAUGCGGUCCGGCAAGAGACGGAGCCACCACAGAUCGAGUAACUUCCGCACUGUCGCCCACUUCAGCUUCUUCGAUGGGAAUCCCAAGUGGCCGCCCUCAAAGUACCACCUCACCUAUGCCCUCAGCCCAGGGACCCGGGCCGAUGUUGUUGGCCCCGUCUCACGGGCUUUCAAUACGUGGGCCUCGGCAACGCACUUCACGUUCUCUCAGGUCCAAAACUAUGCGGCUGCGGACAUCAAGAUCGCGUUCGCGAGCAGGGACCAUGGCGACAACGCCCCGUUCGAUGGUCCCUCCGGAGUCAUAGCGCACGCGUUUCAGCCGACCAUCGGUAUGUUCCACUACGACGCGGAUGAGCAGUGGUCCGUGGGUCCAGCCAGCGGUUCGUUCGACAUGGAGACCGUGGCUUUGCAUGAGAUUGGCCACCUUCUUGGGUUAGGGCACAGCUCAGUCGAGAGGGCUAUAAUGUAUCCCUCCAUAAGUCCCGGAAUCAGCAAAGGAUUGGAUGGGGAUGAUGUUCAGGGAAUCAAAACCUUGUACGGCGUUUGAUUAGGUUAGAGUGUUUAUGCAGUCUUUCACUUGAGUAGAUUAAGUUAAGGAUGUUAGGCUGAAUGUUACCAAAAUAAUUGGCUUCGCUAAGUCACGGGUGUUGUUUUGGCCAUUAUGAGGUUGUAAACUCGAGAAUUUAUCACAAUUUCGU